GCCACGCCUCUCCUACAACUGAGCAUUUAAAGGAAGAAGCUUUUCAUAUAAACUUACAAAAAGCAAUAUUCUUUCAAUCGGAUAUAUAUAUAUAAAUCUGUUUUACAUUUAACUGUUUUAGCGCUACAGACGAUACCUGUCGGUGAAAACAACGACACCUGUUGGUGAGAACGAACGAAACAGCCGACGCUGUAGACGAUAUUUUAGAGUAUUAUAGACUAAAAGAAAUGGCGCUUCUAAUUUUUCCAUUGACAUUUACCAUAAAUCCACUGGUAGCACUUUUGUUGGUAGUUUUAGCAGUAGUAUGGUUUUUAAAAGUGAGAGACGACUAUAAACUCUUUGAAAAGUUAAAGAUACCAGGUCCCAAACCAAUGAUGGUGUUUGGAAGCAUAGGAGAGUUUAAAGACAAGAAUCCAUUGGACGUAUUCAAAGAAUGGAGGAAAUUGUAUGGAGACAUCUUCGGAUUUUUCGAAGGAUUUACGCCUAGUUUAGUUGUUAACUGUCCAGAGAUGGCAAAGCAAAUUUUAGUGAAACACUUCGACAAAUUCCACGUUCGACCUUUGUGCAAUCCCUUUGUAUAUAGUCCAGAUGAAAGCAGUCUUCUCAAUACAUACGGUAAUGAAUGGAAGCGACAAAGAUCAAUUGUAGCCGCAGCAUUCAAUUCUGUAUCUAUGAAACAUAUGUCCAACAGAGUUAAUGCAACUGGAGACAAAUUUUGCAGAAAGGUCACUGAACAAAAUAAACGUAAUCCUGACGGUUUUGACGUCACUGAUUUAAUAGACAGAUAUACACUUGAUGCGUUUGCAGACUCUGGUUUUGAUUUCGAGGCUAAUAGUUUAGACAACGAAGAUGCACUGUUGUAUCGUUUUAUGAAGGAGUUCAACCAUUCAGCAGCUGCUGACAACCCUAUUGCUGGUCUUGCUCGUGUUUAUCCUGGACUUACUCCAUUUCUUCAGCUUUUCGACGGAAAACAUAAACAAGUCCAUGAAGAAAACAUGAAACAAAUACGUGAACAUGUCGUUAGGAAAAGACAAGAGUACUCCCAAUCAUCCAGCGAUGAACAAAAGAAUUUCUUAGGACAAAUGAUAAAUUGCUCAUUCUUUGAUCGUGACGAAUAUGGGAUAUACAGACGACGUCAGCUAAAAGAUCAAGAGAUAGUCGGACAUAUCAACUCUCUGAUCGGAGGGGGAAUAGGAACGCUGAACGCAUGUCUGUCUUUUGUAAUCCACAUGCUUGCAAUGAAUCCAACUGCUCAACAAAAAGCUUUUCAAGAAGUUAUAAAAAUUUGUGGAUAUGAGAAAUCACCUACAUUUGAUGACAUACAAAAAAUGGAAUAUUUACAAAUGAUUUUACAUGAAACAUUACGACUAUUGCCGUGUGCUCCUGGAGUGACGCGGAGAGUUACUGAAGAUUGCAAUAUUAAUGGCGUAGAGUUUAAAAAAGACGUUGUUGUACGAGUAAUGACUUGUACUUUAUAUUCAGAUGAAAAAAUAUACCCACAGCCAGAGAAAUUUAUUCCUGAGAGAUUUUCUCCCGAAGAAAUACAAAAACGUCAUGCAUUUUCUUAUCUGCCAUAUGGACAAGGCCCACGUAUGUGUCCGGGUCUUAAGUUUGCUGACCUCCAAGUCAAAGUUGCUAUGGUGAAACUUUUACAGAGAUUUGUGAUAAAACCAUGUUCCCAGACCAUCGAUCCUCUUCCAACAGCCUUGAGGCCAAUGCUUUGUCCGAAGGAUGGCGUUUUCGUACAUUUAGAGGAUCGUGUUCGACCGAAUAUGAGAUCAAAUACAUGCUCUGCGUGAACUGAAUUUGCUAUAACAUAUGACAAUUAUGCAAACACUCUUGCCAUGACAGAUCACUUAAGUGAUUAAGUGCAUCAACUGUUGCCAAUCAGAUGACAAACAUCGCCAAGACAUAGAUCACAGAGACAGGUCUUCCGAAUGGCCGAAGACGAACGUGAUGUGGUAUGCUACUUUUUGACGAAUACUCAGUUGUAGAAAAUGUCCUUCUUCUGUUGAUGUCUUUUACAUUGCUGUAAUUUGUUCGAUUAUAUGUGAACAUUUGACGUUAUAUUUUUUUGUGACGUGGACUAUGUUCUAAAUACUUAGAAAUGUGUGUGUGAUUGACAGUUAUUGUGAAGUGGACUAUGUUCUAGAUUUCUUAGAAUUUUAGAAUUAUACAAUUUUGCAACUUACAUUCAACUCGAAUGAUACAUUUUGCAUUUCACAUUCAACUCGAAUUGAUUGCAUCAGCUAAGUUUAUAAAACCACUUAUCAAACAAACAUGAUAAGAUAUUAAGUAGUCUGAAACAUCAAGGAAAACUAUCAGUUUGAUUGUUAUAAAUUAGUUUUAAAAGAAUGUUGUUACAAAUUAUUUCAAGUAAAUUAGUAUUUACAAGGAACAGGUCUGUUUAAAUAGGCAAUUUAGUUGAUAUUAAAACAAAUUGUUGAUGAGUAUGGAAAAUAUAGAAAUUCUUUAAGAAUAAUUUGAAAAAUAACCAUUGCUUAUUUAACCUUUGAUUUUGUUUGAACAAUAUGGAACAGUGCAUGUUUGCAUACUUCCAAUUCUAAUAGAAUAAUGACUGAUUUUGUCUUAAAUCUGAAUGAAUUUGAUUAACAAAUAGAUUGUGUGUUAACGGAGGUUUAAUAUAAGCCUUAUAAGUAGUCUUAAACGAAUGAAAUUAUCAUGAAUAUACUAACACUCAAUUAUUUAACUAACGAGAAGGUUAAUAUAAAAUAAUGUCCAAAUGAUAUCUAAACAAUUAUUUAUUUACACAUUAAGAUACUGCUAAUCGUGCAGGUUUUGCUAUGUGCAAACAAUUUUAUAGUGAAACUAUGACUCUUUAGAAACUCUACGUAUUACAAUUAAUAUUACUAUUGUUACAUGAUCAUAAUGAUAUAAUCAUUGAGAAAUCCUAUAGUACAGUUUUAAAAAGCAUAAUGAAUAUUGUGGGAAAAUAUUUUGUGUACGCCUGUGAUUUGUUAAACAUUUUGUUGAUAAAAACAUGAUUAAGUUGAACUUGAUGACAAUAUAUACUAGGGUUUGAUUGUAUGCUGUUGCGUGAAUGUAUGUGUGUGUAGUUUGCAUGAGUGCAUAUUUUAUUGAGUCUGCUAAAAUGUAACAGAGGAAAAUUUACAUAUAGUUGUACUAGAGUGAGCGUGUCAGUACUUUUAGAAAUUAUUAUAAGUACUAUUGACAGUUUCAAAGAUUAAGUAACUAGACACUAGAUCGUAUUAAUCGUAAUGAUUUGAAUUUACAACAUACUGUUGAAUAAUAUCUUUAAAAAUGUUACAUUUAUCACGUUUUUAAUGUGACAUAAUACAUGUACUUUGUAUAAUUGAUUACAAACUUGAGUAAGAGCAAAAAUUCUUCCAGCAAAUCAAUAGCGUUGAAGUGAACAUACUGUUACGUUAGAAUCCAUUACUGAAAUGAAGGUUUCAAUAUGUUAAAAUCCAGAUAUAUCUUUCAAUACCUAAUAUUUCCAACUGACUGAUAUGUUAUUUCUGCUAUAAAGAUUUAGUUAUAUUAUAACAGUAAAACAUAUCCACAUUGAAGAAUCCACGUGAAUGUAUUAUCCUGUGAUAUGCACCUGUAUAUGAAGACAAUGAGAUUAAACAUACUAGGGAAUUUUACAUUGUCCUUAUUUAUAUAUGAUAUGUUUUUGUUAUAUUUGAGUUGAAAAUGGCAUUUUUUAUGAAAACUUAAUAAAAAGUAAAACUUG